AUGGGCCAGUGCUACUACAAUGAGACCAUCGGCUUCUUCUACAACAACAGCGGCAAGGAGCUCAGCUCCCACUGGCGGCCCAAAGAUCUGGUCGUGGUGGCGCUGGGCCUGACUGUCAGCGUGCUGGUGCUUCUGACCAACCUGCUGGUCAUCGCAGCCAUCGCCUCCAAUCGCCGCUUCCACCAACCCAUUUACUACCUGCUCGGCAACCUGGCCGCAGCUGACCUCUUUGCCGGUGUGGCCUACCUCUUCCUCAUGUUCCACACAGGCCCGCGCACAGCCCGGCUGUCACUCCGGGGCUGGUUCGUGCGGCAGGGCCUGCUGGACACGAGCCUGACGGCCUCCGUGGCCACACUUCUGGCCAUUGCCGUGGAGCGGCACCGCAGUGUGAUGGCCGUGCAGCUGCACAGCCGCCUGCCCCGAGGCCGGGUCAUCAUGCUGAUUGUGGGUGUGUGGGUGGCCGCGCUGGGGCUGGGGCUGCUGCCCGCCCACUCCUGGCACUGCCUCUGUGCCCUGGACCGCUGCUCUCGAAUGGCCCCCCUGCUCAGCCGCUCCUACCUCACCGUCUGGGCGCUGUCCAGCCUGCUCGUCUUCCUGCUCAUGGUGGCUGUCUACACCCGCAUCUUCUUCUAUGUGAGGCGGCGAGUGCAGCGCAUGUCCGAGCACGUCAGCUGCCACCCCCGCUACCGUGAAACGACGCUGAACCUGGUCAAGACGGUUGUCAUCAUCCUAGGGGCGUUUGUGGUCUGCUGGACGCCGGGCCAGGUGGCGCUGCUCCUGGAUGGUCUGGGCUGCAAGUCCUGCAACGUCCUGGCAGUGGAGAAGUAUUUCCUACUCUUAGCCGAGGCCAACUCUCUGGUCAAUGCUGUGGUGUACUCCUGCCGUGACGCUGAGAUGCGCCUCACUUUCCGCCGUCUCCUCUGCUGUCGGUGCCUCCGCCCAUCUACCCAUGAGUCUGUUCGCUACACAGCCUCCACUCACACAGGCACUAGCACUCGCAUCAUGCUUCCUGAGAAUGGCCAUUCCCUGAUGGACUCCACCCUUUAG